GGCUGCUUUGACUCCUCCCAUUUAUUAAGCGAAGACUCCUCGGCUCUCAAGUCUCAAAUAUAUGUGAGUCCACCACGGCAGCAUUGGCAAGCAGCACAUCCUGCUCCUCCGCCGGAUGAACGCGGACAUCGACCCGGCGUUACGUGAGCGCUUCCGUGUCCUCGACUUCCGUGCGUACGGCGAGCCCUACCCGGCGUUCCUUGCCGCGGCCGCGACCGCGCCGGAGCCCCCAUGAUAUGCAAUGUUCGUAUGCCGCGGCUUCGUCGUACGCGUCGACGCUUCAUUUCUUGAUGACGUUGUCCUUCCUUGCGAUGCCUCUUCAGCACGGGCACCGGCUUGACCUCUCCUGUGCGCGCCGCAGCAUCUCCGUCGCAAACUCUGGGGAGGUCUACUCCACCGACGUUGCUGACCAUGCCAGAGGCACUUCACGACGUGCUCCGCCGUGUGUCGGUGGCGGGAUGUUUUGGCUUGGGUCCUGGCCGGUGCAGGAGGAUUGCCUUCUCGGAUCCAAAGUCAGCACUUUCUGCCCCGUCAAUUCUGUCGCUGCCAGGUUAUCCCACCUCCCUGCAAGGUGUUUGAUUAUUUGCCCAGGUUACCCCAUCUCCUGCACUGAAUGUGUUUGAGGAUUUGCCUCUUCCGAAGAUUUGUUGGCUCCGAAGAACAUAUAGUUGAACCUUAUUUCGUUGUGCAAGUUGGUACGAUGAGUUCAAGAUUUCCUGUGUUUUCUGCUCCCGUGGUUAUUUUAGAUGGCAAAGGUAUUAAUCAGUUUUUGUAUGUGGUCAUUUCGGUAGAUAAUUGUGGCACAAUACAAAAAUCAGAUAUGAGAUUUUUUUGCUGCAUACAAAGGUAAGAGGCAGCUCUGAAACUUUUUUGCUCCCUGUUUACGUUGGGUGUGAAUUAAGAAAAAAUCUACUUAGUUUUUCUUCAUGGUACAUGCAGUUGCAUCAGACACACAAAAGGUAAGGGAGUCUAAUUUAUCCAUUUUUCUUUGAAGUCAGAUCGUAUUCAGAAACAGUGUUCAACACCAAGAUGAGCAUGUUAGUGAAGUAGACAAUUUACUUCAAAUGACACAACCAUAUCGUUUACUCCUUUUGUUCCAUCGGUGUGUUUGUUGUUGCACGGAACAAACAAGUCGAUCAUAAUUUGCUUCUUGCAGAAACUGCCAGAUAAAGUGUAUCAACCAAGCUGAAGGAUUCCACAAUUGACUCUUAUUUCACUCCAUCCUUUCGUCUUGGGGAUGUGCUACAUUACAAGUACCAUUUUGUAGAAUUUUAGCCUUUUAUUUCAUCAUUAUAUUGAUCAUAUUUAUCGACUGUCUAACUAAAAUGCAUGCUAUGAGUCCCGCCGCAACGCGCGGGGCAUCAUCUAGUUCCAAAAUGGAACGGACUACUACCGAUAGAUCACGAAACAUGAUUACUGCCUGACUUCCUUUGUAUGCUUCGAAUACUGAAGGCAAUCAGCAUGGAAUGGGGAAACUUGAAGUCAGACAAGCUUCGUCAUUCCGAAUACGACAGGGCCUUGGAUUUUGAAAGUUUGAAUCCUGGGGAACAGAUAUAUGAGAAGAUGAUUUCUGGCAUGUAUCUUGGAGAGAUUGUGCGAAGAGUUAACACAGCCCACAAAUAUGAAGAUGAUGGAAUGUACAUCAUAGGCAUUCACAGAAACAGUGGCAUGAGGUCCACCGAAAUAGACGUGCAUGCCACCAUCAUCUUGACUAAAAUUGUUAACUGUGUAACACCUUGGUUUGGUACUCCUAGCAAACGUUUUCUCGGUAUCUGGUGUAAAAUACUUAUUAUUCUCGUCUACAAUUUUAAUAUUGCUCACGUAUGCUGCUUUCCCGAACCCUUCCGAAGCAAAAUGCCCGCUGCCCAUUUCGGGAAAGUAUGAUUGGGCCGUUGGGCCAUAGACUUGUCCACUCCAGGCUGCUUCGGUAACUUUAUCCUUCAAGUGAGAAAAAAUUGAACUUGGCCAAUAUCCAAUUGGGGUUCCACCAAAUGCUACCCACCAAUCUUUAGUCUUUGGGUCCUACAACAGAUUGUGUGAUAAAGAUGAAUAUAUUAGAGAUACUUUAGUGCAUAACAUACAAUGAAACUCUACACAAACAGACAUAUGUCUAUGUUGAUUGUUUAUGGUAUGUGUCACAAGCUUUUAAAAUAUAAGUGAUAUUGAAUAACGAGACAUCGCAAUUUUGUAGGAUCUACUAUUAUUAUAUGUUGAUAUGGACAUAGAAAAACUUUCCAACAUUCGAACUAUGCAAUAGAAGGUUAGGAAAAAAGUUAUCACAUAACUAUUUGUCAAAGGAUUAGGCAAUACCUUAAAUAAAAGAACGUCUAUAAAAUGUUGAGGACCAUUAUAAACAGAAACCUGUUGUAUUCUUGACCCAAGAGCAAUUCUUGGAUUAACUUGCAUAAAACCAGGACAAUCAUGGUCAAGGCACACUGAAUCGAGGGUAUUGUCCCUCUGCCAGAAGAGAAAAUAUGUUAACAACAUGAGAUGACUUCAUAUCAAAGUGAUAUUUUGUAUAAUUUUUUGAAUAUGAAAUAGCUGUUACCCAAGCAAUGUGAAAUCUGGCAAAAUUAUCACCACUAUAGCUUGGCCACACCUGCAAAGGUUGGUUUUAAAAUGGCCAAUGAACAAAUUAAGAAACAACUCAAGCUAAGUUACCCGCAAAAAAAAAAAGAAACUCAAGCUAAGUUGUAUUAAUAAUACAAGAAAUAUAUGUCUAUGGCUAGCUGAACAUACCAACGGUACGAUGGACAUGAAUACUUUAUUUAGUAUCCAUAGAAAACUAAUUUGAGAGGUCCAACAUAAAUUAUUUUUUCGCACAAUUCAUUGGAUGCAUGUAACACAUUUGCCUAACUGCUUCAAUAAUGUAUGAAUGUAGCUACAUGUUGUAUCUGCACUUACAAUAGAACCAGCACCAAUACUUUCCAAAUGACUAGCAUCUUGUUUGUUUAACAUCAAAACCCAUGAUGCACUUAAAUCUUCAGUAUUUUCUUUCACUUUUGGCUCAUAAACAUUUAUCGAAACGCGAGAGCCAUACAUAUCAUCCACUGUUUUCAUGAUCGCCAGCUACAAAGAAACAUUAUUUGUUACGAAACAAUCAAAAAUAAGAAUUUAAAAAAUGGAACAUGGUAAUGUAAACGAUGUAGACAUCAUAGCAUGGUAUUAUUUGAAUCUUCUUAUGAGGAAGCUAUAAGGGGAACCGAUAGUAUAAGAAAUAUGAACCUAAUCAUAGUCUACAAGGACUUUAACCCAAUUAAUGGGUAACAUAUGUGUUUUGCAUAUUUGAAUCAGCAAGGGCACCCAUAUUUAAAUUGUAUUAAGAAGAAUUAAAUUUAACAUUUUAAAUAUUAAAACCAGUUGAAACAGAUAACACUCACUUUCUUUCAAACAAAUCCAAAUAGUUACACAAAUUUAUGGAAAUGAUGGGAUAAAAAUAUCAAGUUAGUCACUUUGUUAAAAAAAACAAUUCUCAUGGAAAUUAUGGGAUUCAUUCUCUAAUCUUGCUAUUGUACUAGAUUUCUGGAAAUUAUAGAACUAAAUAAAGACACAUGAAGCGGAAACAUACCUCUCCAUGAGGAUCUUGCAUUCUGUGGAAACCUUCAAUUUUUUUGAUACCACCUUUACUAUUUUGUAAUAUGGGGACUGUUCCUCUUGGGCAUGAAAUGGUAGGAAGUUGCGCCAAUGAGUUGGUAGCUAGAGAUAAAGACCGGUUAUGAAGCUCAUACGGAUAAGAGCUAGGUUUCAUCUGUUUCAACAAGUACACAACCACAUUAAUGUCAUGUUGAAUAUAUUUUUGAGGAACUACCAGAAAAUCGUGCAUACUUAAAUAUAUAUAGCCUUAAAAGUACAUUGUGGGAGUAGUUUGGUUCCAUGUGGUAAUAAU